GCUGUGGCGUCCUCCCGCCCGCCCUUGCCACCGCCCAUCCCGCUCCUUCGCGCCGCCUCACUCCUCCCAAGAUGGCGGUCGCGGCGCUGCUCCGCAGCGCGGCUCAGGGGCGCGGCGGCCGGGUCUGGCGCUGGCGGCUGCGCAUGGCCGCGAGGGGCCGCCUGACCCACGGCUCGGGCCGUCACGGGUGCGAACCCGUGGGCGGCACGGCAUGGGCCUGCUUCCCUCUGGGCGAGCGCGCCCUGGUGCGCGUGCGCGGGCCAGACUCCGCGCCCUUCCUCCUGGGGCUGCUGACAAAUGAGCUGCCGCUUCCGGGUCCUGCGGACGGCACGACCCCGCCCCCGGCGCGGUCGCGCUACGCCCACUUUCUCAACGUCCAGGGCCGCACGCUGUACGACGUCAUUGUCUACCGGCUCCCAGAACAGGAGGCCGCUGACCAGGCACCUGCCUUCCUCCUGGAGUGUGACAGCAAGGUGCUGGGUGCCCUGCAGACGCACCUGGUGCUGUACAGGGUCCGGCGGAAGGUCACGGUGGAGCUGCGCCCCGAGCUGCGUGUGUGGGCUGUGCUGCCAGACCACCCUGAGGAGGCUUGUGGGGCUGCACCGCUGCUGGAGCGGGCGGAGGGAGCCAGCAUCCUCACUCCCGACCCCCGGACGGCCCGCAUGGGCUGGCGGCUUCUCACUCAGGAUGCGGGCCUGGUGCUGGUGCCCGGGGGCCGGCUCGGCGACCUCCGGGAUUAUCACCGCCACCGGUACCAGCAAGGCGUUCCCGAGGGGGUCCAGGACCUGCCCCCAGGAGCAGCCCUACCCCUGGAGUCCAAUCUGGCCCUCAUGAAUGGUGUCAGUUUCACCAAGGGCUGCUACAUCGGCCAGGAGCUGACGGCCCGCACCCACCACAUGGGCGUCAUCCGCAAGCGUCUCUUCCCGGUGCUGCUGUCAAGGCCUGUCCCUGAAGGUGGUAUCACCCCGGGUGCUCCGGUGCUCACCGAGUCGGGGCAGGCCGCUGGCAAGUACAGGGCCGGCCAGGGAGAUGUGGGCCUGGCCCUGCUGCGGACAGAGAAGAUCAAGGGCCCCCUCCAUGUCAGGACCUCCGACAGCAGCCAGGUAUCCCUGACUGCGUCUGUGCCUGACUGGUGGCCCACAGCCGCCAAGUAGCCAGGACGUCCCUCUGCUCCCACAGCUCUGGGGCUGCCAGGAGGGCUCUGUCCACCUGCCGCAUUCUGAGGCUGGUCUCCUCGCUCCUAAGGGCUGCAGGCCUGGGUGGUGUGUGUUUCCUGCCCACCAUGCUUCCCACAGAGGGUUCUAUGGGCAGCUGGGGCCGUGGUCCCUUGCUGCUCCAUGGCAGCAAGCAGCAAGAGCCCUCCUGGGGACCGGGGAGGAGGAGCUGGCCUGCUCGUGCUCCUGUGCCAAGGUGAGCUGCAGUUUCCGUCCGAUGGGACAGACGAGGUCCUAGCUGUGUGGGUUUAAGAGGUGGUUCAUCCAUUAGUCUAGGACAGGACGGUCCAGAGUCUUGUCCCCGGGAUGCCUGCACUCCUCUCCAUCUGGGGUUGGCUGAAAGGGCAGGCAGGCUCUGGGAAACUACAGUGCCAUGUGCCGGCUGUGGGACUCCCCCUUGCCAUUUCCUGUGCACUGUGGUCUCUGCAGCACCUCCUAUGCAUGCCUUUGUGGGGGGACAACAGGGCCCAGGGCUACCAGCUCCCCUUCCCCAGGAGCUGCCUAGGUGGGGGGUGGGGACAGCAGGGCCCAGGGAACAGGGAGGAGGUGCUGCUUGGUUUGCUUGCUGCUUUUCUGAGGCAUGGCUGUAUCUACACUGUAAGGGGUUGACUUUCCUCUCCUCUUGAAACCACUGACUUGCGCUGUCCCAUGCAAUGUAAAUCUCCUGGUUACAGGGUGUCCUUUGUGAUGCCCCAGAGCGACUAUUAAAGUGUGAUGCACAAGCAGCC